AUGAAAAUUUUUGGUUCCUUUUUGGCCUUCGCCGCGGCUCAAGAGAAUUGUGAUGGAAUUCCGAAGCCGAAAUGGGUGGCUAGAAAAGCGGCGCAGAAUUUGUUCAGAUCGGAUUCAACGACCAUUAUCGGCGUAAAACUUGCCAACUAUCGAUUUCCAACUAUCGAGCUGAGAGACGAGAAAUACAGAGGAUUCAUGGUCUUUACCGAAAACGUCUGCGGCGCUGAUUUUACUUCGAAACUUGCGAGUGGAGAAGUUCAAGUUGAUUUGAUGGAUGCUACAGAUGCGUACGAAAUAACGGAUGUUCUGUUCAAAGAAGAUGGUCGCUACUCCUACACUGGCUUUGGCUACCGCCUCAAGAGCAUCGUGAACAAAGAUUACCCGUUCAAGGAGAAGAAGAGCUUCGUAAAGAAAAUCGGGGCAUAUGACCAAGUUCAGAUUCUUUUCAAAGGACUUGACAAAGUCACUUGGGAAUCAAACCAGGAUAAUUGUCUCCUGCGAGUGGCAGCGGGAUUCUUGCCAGAGGAUGACGAUUACCCUGAGAAUCUGACGGAAUGCGUCUUUGAGAAGAAGCGAUUCUUGAUGGCGCCUCCUGCGAUUGCUGAUGGAGGCUUCUCUCUUGAUCUCAUCAAAUAUUUCUGA